CCAUGUGUGCAGUGCAGGUCGUGUAAAGUGCAGCAGGGGCGAGGCAGGCGAGAGUGGUGGGGUGGCCCUGGGCGCUCGUCUCCUCCGCUGUCGCCCCCACUGCACCCAUCCCUCAACCCAUCUGCUCUCUGCUGCGCACUGCUGCCCCUGUCAUGUGUCACUUGG